GAAAUAAUUGAUUAAAUAGAAACAAAGAUUCAGAAUCAAAUUUCUUUUGGAAUAAAAAUGGUGAAAGGAAAAAUGAAUCCCCCUAGAAAAGAUGAUACAAUUACAGUUAUUGUUUGCUGAACACACGCCAGCAGGAUUAAUCCCGAAAGUUGAGAACCACGAGGAAGAUAUCCCGAGGGUUGGGAGAUGGGAUAUAUACCAGAUUUCUGAUUACAUUUGGAAAACAGACAUGACACAGUUUUCGCCAACUCCUAGCUUUGUGGCUGAGUUUUCACAGCUUGAGAAGCAGCUGGGUAUAUCAACCGUGGUACCCAGCAAGGACGACCUGCAAAGUUGGCUGAAAGCGCAAACUAUUGAGAAUAGCCAUCUGAAAGAGCAACUGCAAGAAAAGCAAGCAAUGCUUAAAGCAGUGUAUGCAAUUGCAAGAGAAGGGAUAUCAGAAGGGGACCUUUCAGGAACAGCGGAAUUCAAGGUUCACAAAUUUAGUUGCCAAAUUAUGCAAGCAAUGGGUAUUGAUCCUUACAAAGUGACCCAGGAAGAGUUUAUGCAACAUGAAGAUGAUGUACAUGGAGGUGCUGAGCAUGAAGAAGAAGAGUUACAAUUAGUUGAGACAGAGCAACAAGGAGAUAGAAGUACUGAGCAAGAGAAAGAGAAAGAUGAUGCGGAAACUUCCUUCAAUGAAGAAUGUAAGUAG